AUAUAUCCGGCAUUGUAACUGAGUGCACGCGCACCCAAGGCAACAGCAUUUCCACUAUUCAUUUUUAUUUAUCCUAAAUGAGUGACGAUCUUAACCUCCGCGAUGUCAGAAGAAAUGUCCACUACAUAUAUAGCCCCGAAUACAUUGAGAUGUGCGAUUCUCUCUCAAAGGUUCAAAACCGGGCAUCAAUGGUACACUCCCUGAUAGAGGCAUAUGGGCUAACGAAACACAUGAAGAUAAUAAAACCACAGCUUGCCUCAAUGGAGCAGAUGGCGGCAUUUCAUACAGGCUCUUACCUGGAGCACCUGCACAAAAUCAGUCAGGAUGGAGACAAUGAUGAUCCUCAGUCUUCAGAUUUUGGGUUAGGUUACGAUUGUCCAGUGGUGGAGGGCAUCUUCGACUACGCUGCAGCUGUUGGUGGUGCCUCUCUCACGGCUGCUCAGUCGCUGGUGGAUGGCAAAUGUGACGUCGCCAUCAACUGGGCCGGGGGCUGGCAUCAUGCCAAGAAGGAUGAGGCAUCUGGAUUCUGUUAUGUGAACGAUGCGGUCCUUGGCAUCCUGAAGCUGAGGGAGAAGUACGACAGAGUCCUUUACAUAGAUGUGGACCUCCAUCAUGGAGAUGGAGUGGAGGAUGCUUUUACAUUCACAUCCAAAGUCAUGACUGUGUCAUUCCAUAAAUUCUCGCCUGGCUUUUUCCCUGGGACGGGUGAUGUGACGGACACAGGCCUGGGGAAAGGACGCUGGUAUACGGUCAAUGUCCCACUGGAGGAUGGCAUAGGAGACGACCGAUACUAUAAUGUGUUUACCAAUGUGAUGCAGCAGGUGCAGACGCUGUUCAAUCCCGAGGCGGUGGUCAUGCAGCUGGGGGCCGACACCAUCGCCGGGGACCCCAUGUGCUCCUUCAACAUGACCCCCGUGGGAGUGGGCAGGUGCCUGCAGUACAUCUUGGGCUGGGAGCUGCCCACACUCUUACUCGGUGGCGGAGGUUACCAUCUGGCCAAUACUGCGCGCUGCUGGGUGUACCUCACAGGGACAGUGCUCGGCCAAGACUUGGCCUCGGAGAUACCAGACCACGAGUUCUUUACAGAGUAUGGACCGGACUAUUCACUGGAGAUCAGCCCAAGCUGCAGACCCGACCGGAACGAGGCCCAGCACGUAGACAAAGUCAUCAGCACUGUCAGAGCGAAUCUGAAGAAUGUGGUUUAAGAGAUGGCCGUGGGCCCGUGUUUUCCAAAUCAACCCUGCUUGCCUAAUGAAGACAGUAUGUCGCGGAGCCUUUGCCAGAAGGGGCUUGGGAAGUUUGGAGGUGGGAUGGGGUAGCUGGUGUACGAAAUAUCUCUGCAAUGUUUCCAAAACAUCCCUGCAAUGUUUCCAAGGAAUCUGCUGUAAUAUGCACAUGAAAAUAUUGAACAUAGAUUUUUAAUCCCGUUUUUAGCAGUUCAGGUUAUAAUGAUGUGUUCUUCCCAAAAACAAAAACCCACAUUGGAUGAAUAUAGACAAUAUUGGACCAAAAUUCUGCCUCAGUCUAUGAACAGUAUGUAAACUAAAUCAAACUACAUUUGGACUGUAUGGUUCUGCUACACCAAGCUAUUAUGUAUUUGUAAAUAAGCCAUAUUUUAAUGUACUUGUAAAUGAAAAUGAUGAAUCCAUGCUGAGAUGUACUGAAAUGUUUGAUGGUUAGUUGUAUACUGUUGCGAAAAGGGGGUGCAUGUUGUGCUAUGGGUAACAGACAUCACUUUUGCCUUUUAGUUAUAACUUUCUUUUUUCAAAAUGUAUUGCUUUUAAUAAACUGUUGCCAUUUUAAAUAAAA